CGAGUGCAGAUGGGCCAAGCAACAAUGUUAAGACUUAAGACAAAGGGCGCACGUAACCCGUGAACCAACAUAGUCGGGUCAAGAACCCGAGACCCAUCACGGAAGUCAUAAAACCUUGCCCGAGUCGUCCCUGUCACCGGUUUUCUCUCCUUUCUCCCUAAACCCUAGGAGAGCCGUCUCUCCAUUACGUUACGGUGCUCCAGUAGGCGGGAAGGAGCAGCCAAAUCAUUCCGUCACUUCCUUCUCCGCCGACCAAAUUCCCCGGGUAUGAUCCUAUCUCCCUGCUCUAUCUGCUCUCGCUCCGAUAUUGCUUCUUUUCUUUCCUUCGGAUUAAUCUUGUAUGGUUCGGCCAUUUACGUUUCGCGUCGCUUCCGUCAUAGCGAACAUCGGGACUCUGAUUGGAGCCUAGUGUUCUGUUUCUUUUUUAGAUUCAUGUAGUAUUUGAAUCUCAUUUGAUUGUAAGUGUUGGAACGCUUGCUGCUUGGUCCUCCGAAUUCUGUAAUUGCAAUUGCUGCUGCAUGUGCUGGGAUUUUGGACUUAGGGCGCUGCUAGCUUUGACUUAUUCAUAUAUGUAUGCCUUUUGCUGCUUGUUGGGUCCAGUUUCCCCGGUUGGCUCGUUAAACAAGGGAUACCAUGAGAUUGGAGUUUUGCUGGUUUUGCUCUUCGAAGAUCUAUCCCGGGCAUGGUAUUCAAUUCGUUCGCAACGAUGCCAAGAUAUUUAGAUUCUGUAGGUCGAAAUGCCACAAGAACUUUAAGAUGAAGAGGAAUCCUCGUAAGGUGAAAUGGACUAAGGCCUAUAGGCGGUUACACGGGAAGGAUAUGACAAAGGAUUCAACCUUUGAGCUGGAGAGAAAGAGGAAUAGGCCCGAGAGAUACGACAGAAACGUUAUGGAGAAUACCCUAAAGGCCAUCAAGAAGAUUGACAAGAUCAGACACGACAGGGCAGCUGAUCAUAUUGCCCAGAGGUGGAAGCCAAAGGCAGCGAAGGAGCGCAGAGAAGCAAGGAAGGAACUGGAACAGAGCAUCAGCUUGAUCAAAGCUCCUCUUGCCAUUCAAUCACAAGAGCCAGCGAUCACAGUCCCGAAGAUCAAAGUCAAGGCCCCCAAGCAACAAACGGUCGAGAACCAACCCAUGGAAGAGUAACUUCUAUUGGUGCCUUCCGUAGGUGCGCUUUCGCUUUUCUGAGAUUUUUGCUCUAUCCAGUGUCUUGGGCUGUUCUUGUUCCAGUGUAGCUGUGUAAUUCCUACUAAGGUUUUGUUAGUGUCUUUUAGUUGGGUGCCCUUUUUGUUUUGAGAUGAUGGUCAUUGGCAAACCUUUAUGUAGAAAGUUUUGAGACGAUGAUACUGAUAUACAUUCAUAUGAAUCAUAUCAAUCGAUAAAUCUCAUUCAUUGUCUCGAGGCAAACGUUUGGGCCUGUUGUUAUCCUAGUCAAUAUAUUGUUGAUGAGAAAUAGUUCUCCCAUUAUGCUUUUGAUGUCAUCUUGUUGAUCAGGGAAUUUAACUUAUUGCAGAGAAAUGCCCUUUUUUGGUCAUUUCUUUGUUAAUCAUAUAUGCCACUGGAAGUUGGAUAGGUCCUAUUAUCAGUAUUUCUAUCGUCUAGCAUAUUGUUGCAAAUCCUGCUCUUAGAUUUUCUGUAGGGGAAGUUGUUCAACUGCCCUAUUGAAUAUGAUCAUCUUGGCAGAGAAAAAGUUUGUGUCUUUGAAUACUAGAAUAGUUUUGGUAGGUUCUCAUUAAGUUUUACCUGUCAACUGUCUGAUUUGAAUGAAGACUUUGCAGGUUAAUUAUCAAGUGAGUCUAAGUACAUGAACUGUUAGGAAAUAUUGAACUAGAUUCAAGAAGGACAUCGAAAGCAGCAAGACAAUGGAACCCUUGUUCAAUACCAUUGCCUGAUAGUCUCUGUACUUUGAGGUGGUGAAAUCUGACUUAUGAACCAAGUUUGGUCACUUUCAUGGUUGUGUGAAGGCCAAUUCCUGAGGUUGAAAACUCUGACAACCCUUAAGUGAUUCUUUUUUCUUUUGGCCAUUAGCCUUUUUUAAGUUUGGCUAUUCUGCAGAAUGGGUAGCACCAGUCUUCUGAUUUGUGAUCAGGUGGCUGUAUUGCACAUGGGAUUCAAAGAAAAUAAACGAGAAUUUGUAGUGCGCGCUUCUCGUGUGUAUCACAACCAUCUGAUUAGUGAUUGAACCGCUACGCUAAGAAGGCGUGUACACACUUAACUCUACCCAAUUCAACAGUAAACUUAUGUUGCAGUUUUUUCUUAACAAAUCUCAGUUUCUUUUUUCUCAUGCAUGCGUAUCACAACCAUCUGAUUAGUGAUUGGACUGCUACGCUAAGAAGACGCGAACACACCUAGGGAUGGCAAUUUCGACCUGACCCGUUUUACCCGAUCUGUUUGACCUGUUUUGGGGCAGGUAGGACCCGCCCCGUAGGUGGGGCGGGACGGGCAUGGGUAGUCUCAUCGACCCGACCUGCCCUGACCCGCCCCAUUCUCGACCCAUUCUUGUCUAAAUCACAUGUAAUCUUAGUCAAAUUACUGAGAAUUUUCCUUUUAUUGCAUCAUAUUUUAGCUAUAAUAAAGUUGUAAAUUAGUAAAAAUCUCAAUUUCUCCAAUAAUUUAACUACAAUUGUCAAAAUAUUGUUUGUUUUCUUAGUCUUAUAAUAAAAAUAACGAAUAUUUCUAAUGUUUUUUCAUAUAAAUUGCAUACCCAUUGGGUCGACCUGCCCCGACCCGCGACCCGUGAUCGAUUACCCGACCUGGAUCCGACCUGCCACGGGGCGGGUCUGGGUACCAAGAAACCCGCCCCGGACCUGCCCAUUGCCAUUCCUAAACACACCUAUGUCUACCCCCAUUCAACAGUAAACUUGUUGCAGUUUUUUCUUAACAUAUCUCAGUUUACUUCUUUGGGCUUGGGGUUUUAUACAAUCAGGGACAGCUGUUAACUUUAUCUUCAAGAAGCAACAGUUGUGAUGAUAAUGAAGUAUAGUAGGGAAGUUUGUGUGUGGAAUUUGAAGUGUCACUUUCAUUUGAUUAUAAUUCCAUUUGUCAAACAGUGGAAUGAACAUCAGGACAAGUU